CCCAGCGCGCCGGGACUUGUUUUACUUCAGGAACCGGCGUGCGCGGGCGCCUGCCGGACUCUAUAGGUUCCUGCCGGUCUCUAUAGGUUCCUGUAGGUCUCUAUAGGUUCCUAUACGUCUCUAUAGGUUUCUAUAGGUUGCUAUAGGUGUCUCCAUGUCGGACUCGGGGCAGAGUCCGGCCCCGGGCGCGCGGCGCCGCUGGACGCGGGAAAAGGAGCCGGACGGGCCUGGAGAGCGACGGGAGGGGGAGGAGCCAGCGGGGCUGCUGCAGAAAACGCCCAUUAUCCUGGCCAAGCCCCCGGGAGAGCGGGCACCGCAGCCGCAGCCAAAGGCGGGAACCGCCCCGGCCCCGCCCCCCCCGGCCCCGCCCAUCGUGCUGAUGAAGUCACGUGGGGAGGGGGAAGGGCGGGGCCCGGCGGGGGGCGGAGCCUCCUCGGCGGGAGGGGAGGGGCCGGCGGUGGCCCCGCCCCGUGAGAGGGAGGGGCCGAGACCCACCCAACCUGUCUAUCAACUGCAUGGGCGGGGCCUGGGGGCGGUGCCCGCGCUGGACCCUGCCGCCGCCCAGUCCCGCCUGGCGGCGCCGGAGAAGAUGAAAACCAGUAUCAAACUGGUGGACGAGCAGAUGAACUGGUGCGACUGCGCCCUGCAGUUCCUGCUGGAGCAGACCGAUGUGCUGGUGGUGGGGGCGCUGGGGCUGCAGGGCACCGGGAAAUCCACCGUGCUGUCCCUGCUGGCGGGAAACCAGCCCGACGACGACCCGCGCACGUACGUCUUCCGGCCCGCGCCCCCGGAACUACGUCAGCGCGGCGCGGCCCAGACGGGCGGGAUCGACCUGUUCGUGACGCAGGAGCGGGUGGUGCUGCUGGACACGCAGCCCAUCCUGAGCCCCGCCCUCCUGGACCAUCUAAUUAACAACGACCGCAAAUUACCCCCCGAGUACGGGCUGCCCCACAGCUACGUGGAGAUGCAGUCCCUGCAGAUCGCGGCGUUUCUGUUCACCGUGUGUCACGUGGUGCUGCUGGUGCAGGAUUGGUUCACAGACCCCCUCAUCUAUAGGUUCCUGCAGACGGCCGAGAUGGUGAAGCCGCCAGGCCCCGCCCCCAGCGCUGGCCCCGCCCCCGAGAGCCACGACCCGCCCCCCGAGUUCAACCCCCACCUCGUGUUCGUGCAGACCCGCGCGCCCCCCGAGAGCUUCUCCCCCCGGCGCCUGCGGGAGAUGCAGCGGGUGCUGGAGACCGUGAUGGAGCAUUCGCGCCUGCGCUUCCGGGGGUCUCUGUCCAUGUUGGACCCGCCCCCCGAGUGCGAGGUGAACCUGUUCCUGCUGCCGCCAUUGGAGGAGGAGAGCGAGGACCCGCCCCCCCGCGCCGCCCCGCAGACGCUGUUUCCCGCGCUUCCCGCGUUCCGCGGCUUCCUGCUGGCGCGCGCUGGGGCGCUGCGCGGGCGCGUGCUGGGGGCGGGGCGAGCGCCGCUGGGGCCGAGUCUGCUGACCGAGAGGAGCUGGUUCCAUUACGCCGCCCGGAUCUGGGACGGCGUGAAGAAAUCGUCGGCACUGGCCGAAUACGGGCGGUUACUGGGCUGAACUGGGGGGACCCAGGCGUCCGGGAGGGACCCAGGCGUCCGGGAGGGACCCAGGCGUCCGGGACCAAUAAACCGCCUCGUUCCGGGGUUCUCAUUAGUUUA